CGGCGCGCAUUUCCUUCGUGGAUGACGGAGGGUUAAUUGAAUCAAACGCGCGCGAUACGUCGUCACACACGCUUCAAACGAACGAAAUGAAACUUCAAAGCAGCCAUUCAAUAUAUACUCGACUUUUCUAGUGUUCUUAGUUGAGCUCAGUGGAGAACAUGAAAAAUAAAUGUCAUCAACCUAACCAGUGGACAGUGCACGUUUCAAACAUUAUUACAACGUGAAUCGAUGUUCGAUACAUAAAAAUAAACCUCGCCUAUUAAACCUACUAGAAGGAAUCACAGCAUAACAUCAAGUGGAAGUAAUAGAACGGGUUGUUCCAAAGUUAACCUUAAAAUGAGUAAUCCAGGCACUCCUAGACCAAGUCCCAGACCAACGCUGCAUAGAAAAGUGAAAAACCCCGAGGUGAUUGAAAUUAAAAGUGAUCCAGAUAGCAGCGAAGUUUCCUCGACGAGUUUGGACAAACGUGAUGAAAUAACUAACGGUUCAAGUGAUAUAACUCAUCAAAUUCUCAAUGAUGAUGUGACUAAUACAAGAGAAGCUGCAGCUGGGGAUCAGUGUGAGGACAUUGCAGAUAUGGAAGAAACUGAUCUUCUGGAUGACUUCAAGAUACCAGCACGUACAUUGCCCGCCUACAAUGCACCUGAAAAGAUUAUAAUUGUAUAUGAUAGUGCAAUUGAUGAAGUCAGCACAGGUUUCCUCAUGAAUAAUGAAAAAAUCUGCCCAACUGUAAUGCUUAAGCGAAGUUUAAGGUUUUUCUUGUAUAACAAACAAUUAAUUGAUCCAAGACAUGAGUUUGCAUUGGUUGUAAUUGAUGACAACAGUGUGGUAUGGCUUAAAGAUUUUACAUGCCACAUAGACACAAUUAUCAAUGCAUUGGAUGAGAUCUCAGCAUGUGAAACUGAAGACAUUCUUGUACUUGAUAAUUUAUUCAAGUUGAUAGGUACCAAAGUGAAGAUGCCUGAAAUAAAGGAGAACUUUAAUGUGCCACCUCCUUAUGUAGUGAGAGUGCUAUUCACCUAUGGAAGGUCAUACACAAUGCCAAAGCUUGACUAUCAACUUCAAGAAGUGUUUUCUUUGGUUUCUUCGCCAUACUUUACAUUUGAUAUACUAAUGACACAUGAGAUGCCUAGUACAACUAAUAAUUGCAUAAAGAUUUUCAAGGAUUUGCAGCAGAUUGAUUGCAAAGGUUUUGCGUACUUUUUCCCGGUGGGCAGAAGCGCAGCGCAGUUGCAUUUGUGUAUUGCUAAGUUGCUUGGUCAUCCGUUACAGAGGUCUGUCCAACGCCUCGCCGAUUAUACUAUUAACGCCAUGGAGACGUAAUAAGUAAUGGUUGUGUAGGAGAAAAGAAUGAUUGUCAUGCAUGAUACAAUACUUGUAUUUGUAAAGAUUAUUAUGUACUUUAAAUAUAUAUUUUAUUUACCCUUUGUAAUAUAUAAAAGUAAUAAAUAACAAUCUAAAUUUAAAAAA